AUGGAUAAUAAACAUCGAGAUAAUGUGGUCAUCACAACUUCUGCCGAUAGAACCGAAGAUAGUUUUACGACAACUUUCGUAUCGGAAUCGAGACUCAUGUCGUUGCAUGAGUUACUUCAACCAACCUUCAUCACUCAAAGAAUUCAAACCGACGUUCGAGGAAGUUUACUCAAACAAGAAGAACUUGAAGCAAUCGGAAAAUUAUUUGAUGAAGCAAAUAAUCCUGAUAGAAACGAAGAGCUGGAGUUGGACUUUUUCGGAUCUUUUUCAGUGCAACCUGAUUUAAUAACUCAUGAUCUUUCACUUUCUCUCGCUGCUACUACUGCUUCUACAUGUACAUGUUCUACACUUAAUUUGAUCGAUUUCGAUAUUGAUGAUGAUGUUAAUAAAGGGAAAGAAGAAGUAUCGUCAAAAAGUUCCGACGUUCCUGUUGGUUAUUUGUUGCCAUUAGACAAAGAAAAAGAGAAUGAAAAGAGUCAAGAACAACAUGAGGCACAACAGAACCAACAAACGCAACGACAAAAGAAUAUUGAAAUUGUUGAUAAUAAUCUUAAACAGCUCGAAGAAGCGCAGCAAUUACAAGAUAGCGACAUUCAGGAUGAAAACGAUGAAACCGAAUACGAAGAAUCGGAUUAUCAUACGUCUGCAAUUAAAGUUGAUUUGAUCGAGGCAGAAUUACAUUAUCGACUAAGUACUCGUACAAUCAAGGCAGACUUCAGAGAAGAGAUAAUUGGGGAGAAAUCCAAUUUAUCGUUCAUGUUCCAAUUCCAUACCUGUAAUAUUUCUUUGUUGUUGAAUGAAAUGAAAAAUGAAGUAAGAAUUCCGAUGACAGAAGUGAAAGGAUUUGAACUUGUGGAUGGUCGAAUAAUUUCUGCGCGAAUAUCACCAGAAUUUCAAUGUUCUUAUUAUUAUCAUCCUACAACUUUUCAAUGUCCAAAUUUUUCUCGUGUGUCUAAAGAUCCAACAGGCGGCUUAAUGAAUGGCACUUUGUCACUACUACUUAAACCAUGUGAAUAUGAGAGCACAAUAAAGUUGAGUAUUGUCGAAAUGGCGAUUAACAAAGUAUGGUACGAGCAACACAAAAUUAAAAACGAACCAUUGAAUUUGGAUGACGUUAACGAAAAGAUUUACAUUACUUGCGUGACGCCAAUCGCCCAACGAAUCCUCUUAUUCCCAAAAGACGGUUCGUUGAGACAAUUUAUUUCCUGUGUUCAAAGUCGAUUGUCCAUCACACCCUCAGCUAUUCGAUACCGUAUGGCAGGUAAUAACGAUUCUCAAAAUAAUAUCGUGGAAAGUGAACAUCAGUGGAUUGAGGCGAAAAGACAAGCAUUGGAUGAUAAUCACCAGUUUGCUAUUCCCAGGUUACGUGUGCAGUUGGAUUUCUAA